AUGUCACCCAUGAGAUCAGAUGAUGCUAGAGUACAUGUAAGAAUUGAAGGAAACAAAAGAGCAGAUACAGCUGCCAAAUCAACUUCCACUAUUCUAUCAACAAUUGUACAUGCUCCUGUAUCAGACUGGGUUGGGCGUUAUAUUGAUUUGGGAACUGGUGAGAAGGUGUUAAAUCUUGGAACUCACAGUUAUUUGAACUUGGGUGAGCGACCAGAGGUUGAAGAAGCUGCUCUGCAAUGUCUUCACAAGUAUGGGUUGGAUCCUGUGGACCUCGAGGUUUUUAUGGUACAACAUUUGUUUAAACUAUUUGGGACUUUGUCAGUAACUAUCUUCAUGAAGAAUCCCUCUUCCUCUGCAGAAGUUCACUUGGAAUUAGAAGACAGGCUUGCAGCUUUCUUUAAUUGUGAGAUGGCCGUUCUAUAUUCAUAUGGGUUUUCAACAAUAGCAUCUGCCAUUCCUGCUUAUUCUAGUGGGGAUAUUAUUUAUGCAGAUGAGAUGGUCAGCUUCCCCAUCCAGAGAGGCCUGCAAGCUAGUCGCAGCCGUAUUGUAUUUUUCCGACAUAAUGAUGUGGAACAUUUGGAAGAAUUGUUAAAGGAGCAGGCUGUUUUAGAUAAAAAGGAUCCCAAAAAGGCCAAUGCAACACGCAAAUUCAUGGUUGUAGAGAGUAUUUACAUGAACACUGGGAAGAUGUGCCCUCUACCUGAGUUAGUGAAAUUACGGCAAAAGUAUAAAAUACGCUUAUUCAUUGAUGAAUCUAUCACAUUUGGCACUCUGGGAGAAAAUUGCCGAGGAAUCACAGACUACUUCAACAUUCCAGUAAGUUAUCCUCAGAGGUUUUUCUGUAGUUUUUGA